AUGUCCUCCGCGGCAUCCUCGCUGCCGUUCUCGAUGGCGUCGGAACUCAAGGCCCUCAAACACGAGAAACGAAAUCAAAACAUGGCCCGCUUGCCCCCGAACGCCACCAUCCAACGUCGGCCGUUGAACCACGCGCCCGUCGCCGACCUACGCACCUCGGGCACAAAGGCGGCGAAAGUAGUCUACGUUUCGCGUCGCACACCCGUGGUCGCCGCGAUCAAGCGGGUCAAGAAGUACCUGGUGCACAUUGAGAGGCGCGCACUUCAGGAUGCCGGGGGAAAUGUCACAAAAGGGCAUGGGCGCGGACCGGCCAAGGCAGCAAUCGAGCAGGCGAACGAGGCGUUGGCCGAGGACAAAGAGGAGGUGCUGGUCAAGGCCAGCGGGCGGGCAAUGGCGCAGGCGCUGCGUGUCGCUGAAUGGUUUCGGAACAAGGAGAAGGACGUGCUUUGCCAUGUGGAGGUCAGGACCGGAAGUGUCAGCACCGUGGACGACAUCGUGGAGGUCGACUUGGAGGGGAAUAAUCAUCAUCAUGAAGAGAAGGAUGGUGACGAAGCGGCACUUGGUGAAGAAAGGGAGAAUGUCAACGACCAAGAGGAAGAAGACGCAGAAUCUUCAAAACUGCAAUGCGGCGACACAACCUUGGAGUUGUUGGGAGGCGUUGAUGUGGCUACAAUGAGUUCAGGUGAGAAGAAGAGCCAGUCAUCAAUAGAUGAAGCACAACCUGGAACAGGGACGUCGGCAGAACAGAGUACAAAUGAUAUCGGGGUGGGCAUCUCUCUGCCAAAGCAAAGCCGACGGAAGAGGACGAAACGAAAGAGACCAAUGUACGCGGCAGAAGAUCUUCCCGAAGCACGCAUCAGGUGGAUCAAGACUGUUGAAGUUGCGAUAUCUCUACAGACUUGA